CGACUUACACGGUCUGCGGCCAAUAGCGUGGACGACGUGACGCACGGAAACGCGCAGCUCCGUCAAAUACUAGCGUACAUGUAUGGAGGAUCGGGCUUUAGGCGACAUCCUGCAGAUUUAGAUGCAUCCAGCGCCUCGUAUCUUUAUAUGGUGAGCAAAAGCCCAUUUCUCACAGACCAUGGAUAGAGGGUGGUUUAUUGGGCCAGAGAGGAUCACCUCUACAAAAUCUGAGCAGCCAACAUCCAGCUGCAGCUUGGCGCCGAGGCCCUGCAUGACUAUCAAUCUGACUGAAAUGCUUCGAGCUGACAGACCCCACGCAGAGAAAAAGCCAAUUCCAAUCCGACCCCCGAGCCCCCGGGUUUCUCUGCCAAGAACGCAAAAGCCCCGCCACAGCGUCUCCUGUGAACCCACUCCCAAACCCAUCAUCCGGCAGCGGUCACACUCUCUGCCGUCCGCCACAGCAAAGAGGAAGCAGUGCAGAAAUGUUGGUGUGCGGUUCGUCGAUUCCUUGGGACUGGAUCUGGAAGACGUCAAGCUUUUCAAGUCAGCAGAGGAUCCGUUUGUGCCGCAUCACGUGACAUUUAGGCUGCUGAUGGGCGCAGAGAUGGCAGAUGGGAGGCAUCUGGAGAUUUCCCUGCCGUACCUGAAGCCAGUUUUUGCCCAACAACCAGGAGACCAGCCAGGAUUCAUGCAUCGUCUUCAUGUGCAGAAAGUGUGUCUGGAGAGAGUCUUGUGUUUUGAGCUGGGGGUCGUCGGAAUCACACAGGUCCUCAAUUUGGACUUUGAGAAAGAUGUCACAGCCCGUUAUUCAUUUACAGAUUGGAAGAGCUGCACAGAAACAAAAGCCUCUUGGGUGUCCACCAUCACCAAGGCCUGGGAAGGAGAAGCGGGCCAACUCAGUUGUGAUACGUUUCGCUUCCAUCUGCCUGUCCCUCCGUUCCUGCAGCCAGGGUCAGUGUUAGAGUUCGCCAUUCAAUACAAAGUCGGCGGUGCUGAAUACUGGGACAACAAUGGUGGAAAUAAUUAUAAGUUGGUUUGCCAAAGUUACAAACUCACUGUGCCUAAAGAAUGCGAGGAUAGCAUGGUGCACUUUAUAUAGGAUGCCCACUAAAUGUAAACGAAAUCAGUUUAGAGCAAUUUAUGACUGCUGGCAGCAUAGCAUAUAAAAAGUAUAACUGAAUAGUGACAUAUCAUGUCAAAUUUUUUUGUAGCAGUGCUAACAGGAGACUGCUUUGAAUCAAGUUAGAUUCAAGAAAAGGUGGUAAAUCCGGGCAAAACUGAAAUACUACACGCACUUUACACACUUUAGUGCCACUUUUCUGUGCUUGUGUUUUUGCACAGAAUUAUUGAUUUUCAUAGCCAUAUUAAGAAAUGCACUUCAGUGUGGGAACAUGCAAUUGAAGUGACACCCACAGAGCAUGGACUCAUUAUAUAAUGAUAGGAAAAUGAAUGCACUUGAGUCCACUGUUUUCUUCCAGAUGGAUAUUUCAUGUAGAGAAUAAUUUUGUACACUGCUGAAAACUUAACUCACUUUAUUCAGAGUUUAUUUUUGGGUCAAAUGUUCUGAAGCCAAAUGACUAAUCAUAUUAUAAAUGUUUUAAGAAAGAGAUGAGAUGGAUGCUUAUUUUGUUUAACAAAUGAAGCUACAUUUUGUGGUAUGAAUAUGAACAAAUGUUCACUGUAGCUGUCUUUUAUUAGCCUUUUUUAUUAGUGACAAAACAUUCACACAAUAUAAUGAUACAUAAUGUUUUUGUCAGUGUUUUCUGCUAAAUAGGAAUAAAAUAUCGUUUGCUCAAAGCACA